UUUAUCAGCGAGUGCGGUUGCUACGCUGCGGUUUUGCACUCAGACCGUCAGGGAACUAACUUGAUGCACACACCCGAAAACUGAUAGCUUCUACCACUGAUAGUAUUUCGUAUAAAAACUGCCGCUAGGCCCAUAAUCGUCACUACCACUUCACAGCUCCUGUGAAGUGUGAACGUUAUUUUUUUUUUAUUUAAAUAAUUUUAUUAAUUUUCAACAUGGCUCAGUUGGUGAAGAGUUUCCAACUUCUGUUCGAUCGCCCUAAUGAGCCCCUUAUCACGCCGAAGGGCGACAAAGGGACUCUCUUCCAGCUUACUGAGGACCUGUUGCCAAAAGACUACGAAGCUAAUGGCCUGGAGCUGAACAACCGCUUCGGCGACGACGCCGAGGACAAGAUUCCGCUGAAGCCUCUUCGGAGCCCCCCGAGAUUCCCCAUCGCCUCUCAGCUGCCAGUCGACGCGGACUUCUCUCUAUUCCUGCCAAGACACCAAGAGAUGGCCACGGAGGUCAUUGACACACUCUUGAGUGUCCCAACGGACCAGUUGCAGGACUUGCUGUCGACAUGCGUGUACGCACGGGGCAACUUGAACCCUCAGCUCUUCAACUAUUGCUACUCAGUAGCUCUCAUGCACAGACCUGACACCAAGAACAUUCCAAUUCAGAACUUUGCCGAAACAUUUCCUUCAAAGUUCUUGGAUUCGCAAGUGUUUGCCCAAGCCAGAGAAACGGCCGCUGUAGUACCCCGAGAUGUUGCCCGAACUCCUAUCAUCAUUCCGAGAGAUUACACGGCAACUGACUUAGAAGAGGAACAUCGUUUAGCUUAUUGGCGUGAAGACAUCGGCAUCAAUCUUCACCAUUGGCAUUGGCACUUGGUGUACCCAUUCACUGCCACUAAUAGAGCCAUCGUAGCUAAAGACCGAAGAGGUGAACUAUUCUUCUACAUGCAUCAACAAAUUAUAGCACGCUACAACUGUGAGCGUCUAAAUAACGCUCUAAAAAGAGUAAAGAAGUUCAGCAACUGGAGGGAGCCUAUCCCAGAAGCGUACUUCCCAAAGUUAGACAGCCUGACUUCAUCGCGUGGUUGGCCUCCGCGCCAGGCCAACAUGACUUGGCAGGACUUGAACCGGCCGGUAGAUGGCCUUAACGUGACCAUCUCCGACAUGGAACGCUGGAGGAGGAAUCUUGAGGAAGCUGUAUCAACAGGCUCUGUAACGUUGCCAAACGGAACGAAGCAGCCCUUAGAUAUCGACACGCUCGGCAACAUGGUGGAGUCCAGUAUCCUGUCCCCCAACCGGGACCUGUACGGCAGCGUGCACAACAACGGACACAGCUUCUCCGCGUACGUGCAUGACCCGAAUCAUCGUUACUUGGAAUCUUUCGGCGUCAUUGCGGACGAGGCUACUACGAUGCGCGAUCCAUUCUUCUACCGCUGGCAUGCGUGGAUCGACGACUUCUUCCAGAAGUAUAAGGAGUCCAGCUAUGUUCGUCCAUACACACGAUCUGAGCUCGAGAACCCAGGCGUGCAAGUGACAUCAGCAGCCAUAGAGACGACAGGAGGAAACAGGAACACACUAAGCACCUUCUGGAUGUCCAGUGACGUGGAUCUAUCACGAGGCUUGGACUUCUCUAACAGAGGGCCUGUGUACGCGCGCUUCACGCAUCUAAACCAUAGACCUUUCAGAUAUGUAAUCAACGUUAACAACUCGGGCAACGCGCGACGCACCACUGUCCGAAUCUUCAUCUGUCCGAAAUUCGACGAGCGCAACCUUGCCUGGACCCUCUCUGACCAGCGGAAGAUGUUCAUCGAGAUGGACCGAUUCGUAACGCCUUUGAAAUCAGGCCAGAACACCAUCACCCGUCAGUCCACGGACUCCAGCUUCACUAUCCCGUUCGAGCAGACGUUCCGCGACCUUUCCGUCCAGGGCGACGACCCCCGACGUCAAGACCUGGCUGGCUUUAACUUCUGCGGGUGUGGAUGGCCUCAACAUAUGCUGGUGCCGAAAGGAUCAGAAGCCGGGGCUCCGUAUGUGCUGUUCGUCAUGCUUUCAAACUACGAACUGGACAAGAUUGAGCAAGCAGAUGGAAAGGAGCUGUCCUGCAAAGAGGCGUCCAGCUUUUGCGGUCUCCGCGACAGGAAAUACCCUGACGCGCGCGCCAUGGGUUUCCCCUUCGACCGGCCUUCACGUACUGCCACUAAUAUUGAAGACUUCAUUCUGCCUAACAUGGCUCUCACUGAUAUCACAAUACGGCUGAAUAACGUGACGGAACCCAACCCAAGGAACCCACAGCAAUAACCUUAAAAAGCAAGUCUUUCAAAUACAAACAACUAAUUAAGACUUAAUGGAAUCUUUUUAGUGGCAUAUAGAGAAUAGAAUUGAUGUCAAAAAAUGUAUGCAAUAUAAAAAAAUAAAGGCUGAUUUUAAACAAGUUUAUGAAUAAGUAUUGUAUAUAAUGUAAUUAUUUAGGAGGUAGAGCUACUUUAAAAUUAUAUGACCCAUU